UGCUGCAGCGAAGUAUUUAAGCUUAGAUUAAAUGUUAUUUCGGCUUAGUUGAGAUACGGUUGCUUUAUCGUGCACCUGGUGCAUUAAUAUUACAAAUUUUAGCGUUUACAAAUUUGGUAAAGAAGAGAGAAAUUGCUUCACACCAACACGAGACAGUGGAUUAAAAAAAAAUCUUUUUAAAAGGAUUACCAGUUGCAUAACUAUAUAUGGUAUACGUCAAUGCAUUGUGGUGCCGAUGAAUUGGCCAAGUCGAACAUAAUACGAUUCCACCGACAAUUUCUGCUGUAGUCAUGGGUGGUAUUCUUGGACAAUCCACAAACAUGAUUGUGAUAUAUGUCAUGUUUCUGGUUUCAUUUACUCAGAUUCUUUCCGGUGAAGCCCGAUCCCCAUUGAGUAAUGCAAUAGUACCUUAUAAUAGCGAUCAGAACAAUCGACAUUCUCAAAUCGAAUUAAUUGAUGUGAAAUGUGAAAAUGGUAACGACAUCCUAGUUACAAUCGAUUUUGACGAUACGUUCUCUGGUAUCAUCUACAGUCAAGGAUAUUUUAACGACCCGAAGUGUCGAUACGUAAAGGCGGGAGGUUCAUCUCGAUCAUACACUUUCAAAGUGCCAUAUAAUGGAUGUGGAAGCAAACCGUCUUGUGCUGUUUGCGCAUCUAUCGAAAAUAUUCUUGUAAUUCAAUCAGACGAAGACUUACAAGAGAAAUGGGACACAGCAAGAAAGAUUACUUGCAGCAGAGCAAUAGAUGAUGAACAAGAGAAAACUAUUAUAUUCAAACCAUUCGUAGUCGAUAUGUUAGAAGUAGUCAAUGUGCCAACAAAGCAAGGAGGGGUUGAUUGUUGGAUGGAUAUUCAACGAGGAGAAUUUCCACGAGUUGUACCGUUAACUGAAACGAUAAAAAUCGGUGAAACGUUAAGUGUAUUAGUUUUCUUGCGCGAUCCAAGAACUGAAUACGACUUAAUCGUUAGAGAUUGCUGGGCUUUUGAUCAUCAAGAUUACGACGCAAAGACAACAGGAAGAAUUCAAUUAUCUGAUAAAAUCGGGUGUUCAAGAAAAAAGAAAAUUUUCGGAACUUGGAAGAGAACUACUCAGACUGGAAACACUGGGGCAACUUUAAUUCUUCAUAAUACUCUUCAGGCGUUCAAAUUUCCUGAUCGAAUGCAAGUGUUUUUGAAAUGCGACGUAGAGAUUUGUCGUGGGGAGUGCGAGGAGCAAUAUUGUGAUGAAAUUGAUAACUCAGUGACUCCGGUUACUCCUAAUUACCAAACAACAAGAAUUACUACUACCAGCAGACCUAUUACCACAACUGAAUUUAUUCAGUCUACUACUAUCUUGCCGUCACGCGGUACCCCAGCCGUUCCAAGAUGUUACCCCGGAUCCAAGGAUCCUCGUUGUUCGUCUACAAGCAAAACGAACAGGCCACCUCAAAUUACAACGGUCAGGCCAGUCCGAACAACAACGAAUAUACCACCUGAAACCAUAACAUAUAGACCAGUCCAAACUACAACGAAUAGGUCACCGCAGCCUACAACGUAUAGGCCAGUCCAAACUACAACAAAUAGGCCACCCGAACCUUCAACGUAUAGACCAGUCCAAACUACAACGAAUAGACCACCUCAAACUAUAACGAAUAGGACACCUUCUCAAACAACAUAUACAACAAAUCGGCCGCUUAGAACUCAGUCCACAACACAAAGGCAUACAAUGCCAACAAGGUCAACAAGACCAACAAGACCAAUAGAGUCAACACCGAAACCUCCAAGAUGCGGACCUACUGCAAGAGACCCAAGAUGUCCAAAUGUAACUAGACAACCGGCAACUUAUUUGCCUCCAUCGACUAUACGUCCACAAAGACCGUCCACAACAAGUACCCAACGUAUUCCAACUACUACAACAAUAAUAACUACAGAGGAGCCAGAAACUUACUUGCCACCAUUGACGAGAGAGCCUGCAACUUAUUUACCACCAUCAACAACUUUGACACCAAUUAGGUCGACGACGAGAACUACGACACCCGCUACAACUCGUACAACAUCAAGAGUAACAUCUACUCCAGCGCCUCGAUGCUAUCCAGGCUCUCAGGACGAGCGAUGCCCGAAACCAAUUACUCAAACUGUGCCUGUAACUACAACAAAAACCACUACAAAAGAGCCUGCAACAUAUUUGCCACCAUCAACAACUUUGCCACCGAUUAGUUCGACGACGAGAACGACGACACCAGCUACAACUCGUACAACAUCAAGAGUAACAACUACUCCAGCGCCUCGAUGCUAUCCAGGCUCCCAGGACGAGCGUUGCCCGAAACCGAUUACUCAAACUGUGCCUGUAACUACAGCAAAAACCACUACGAAAGAGCCUGCAACAUACUUGCCACCAUCAACAACUUUGGCACCGUUUAGGUCAACGACGAGAACGACGACACCCGCUACAACUCGUACAACAUCAAGAGUAACAACUACUCCAGCGCCUCGAUGCUUACCAGGCACCCAGGACGAGCGCUGCCCGAAACCAGUUACUCAAAGUGUGCCCAUAACUACAACAAAAACAACUACAAGAGAGCCUGCAACUUAUUUGCCACCAUCAACAACUUUGCCACCAUCAACAACUUUGCCACCGAUUAGAUCGACGACUAGAACGACGACACCCGCUACUACUCGUACAACAUCACGAUUAACAACUACUUCAGCGCCUCGAUGCUAUCCGGGCUCCCAGGACGAGCGCUGCCCGAAAUCGACUACGCAAGUAACCACUAUUACACCAUCAACGACAAAGCUACCACCAAUUAGAUGUUUACCCGGUUCGAAUGACCGUCGUUGUCCUGAUUCACUUAAAUGUGAUCCUUCAAACCUUGACCCAAGAUGUCCUCCAUUGUCAACUACAAGACAACCAGCUACAUACUUACCUCCAGACAAUGAAUUUACAACAACAACAUCAAAACCAAACUGUUACCCUGGUUCCUUGGACGAGCGCUGCCCGAAACCAAAUACUCCACGUGUGCCCAUAACUACAAGAAAAACAACUACGAGAGAGCCUGCAACUUAUGUACCCCCAUCAACAACUUUGCCACCGAUUAGAUCGACGACAAGAACGACGACACCCGCUACUACUCGUACAACAUCAAGAUUAACAACUACUCCAGCGCCUCGAUGCUAUCCAGGUUCCCAGGACGAGCGCUGCCCGAAACCAGUUACUCAAAGUGUGCCCAUAACUACAACAAAAACAACUACGAGAGAGCCUGCAACUUAUUUGCCACCAUCAACAACUUUUCCACCGAUUAGCUCGACGACGAGAAUGACGACACCCGCUACUACUCGUACAACAUCACGAGUAACAACUACUCCAGCACCUCGAUGCUAUCCAGGCUCUCAGGACGAGCGCUGCCCGAAACCAAUUACACAAACUGUUCCUGUAACUACAACAAAAACAACUACGAGAGAGCCUGCAACUUACGUGCCACCAUCAACAACUUUGCCACCGAUUAGGUCGACGACGAGAACGACGACACCCGCUACUACUCGUACAACAUCAAGAUUAACAACUACUCCAGCGCCUCGAUGCUAUCCAGGUUCCCAGGACGAGCGCUGCCCGAAACCAGUUACUCAAAGUGUGCCCAUAACUACAACAAAAACAACUACGAGAGAGCCUGCAACUUAUUUGCCACCAUCAACAACUUUUCCACCGAUUAGCUCGACGACGAGAACGACGACACCCGCUACUACUCGUACAACAUCACGAGUAACAACUACUCCAGCACCUCGAUGCUAUCCAGGCUCUCAGGACGAGCGCUGCCCGAAACCAAUUACUCAAACUGUUCCUGUAACUACAACAAAAACAACUACGAGAGAGCCUGCAACUUACGUGCCACCAUCAACAACUUUGCCACCGAUUAGGUCGACGACGAGAACGACGACACCCGCUACUACUCGUACAACAUCACGAGUAACAACUACUCCAGCACCUCGAUGCUAUCCAGGCUCUCAGGACGAGCGCUGCCCGAAACCAAUUACUCAAACUGUUCCUGUAACUACAACAAAAACAACUACGCGAGAGCCUGCAACUUAUUUGCCUCCAUCAACAACUUUGCCUCCGAUUAGAUCGACGACGAGAACGACGACACCCGCUACUACUCGUACAACAUCAAGAGUAACAACUCCUCCAGCGCCUCGAUGCUAUCCAGGCUCCCAGGACGAGCGCUGUCCGAAACCAAUUACUCAAACUGUGCCUGUAACUACAACAAAAACAACUACGCGAGAGCCUGCAACUUAUUUGCCUCCAUCAACAACUUUGCCACCGAUUAGAUCGACGACGAGAACGACAACACCCGCUACUACUCGUACAACAUCAAGAGUAACAACUACUUCAGCGCCUCGAUGUUACCCAGGAUCCUUGGACGAGCGCUGCCCGAAAACGACUACGCGAGUAACCACUAUUACACCAUCAACGACAAAGCUUCCACCAAUUAGAUGUUUCCCCGGUUCGACUGACCGUCGUUGUCCUGAUUCACUCAAAUGUGAUCCUUCAAACCUUGACCCAAGAUGUCCCCCAUUAUCAACUACAAGACAACCAGCUACGUACUUACCUCCAGAAAAGGAAUUUCCAACAACAACAACAUCGAGACCAAACUGUUAUUCUGGUUCUAAAGACCCUCGUUGUCCACAAAUAACCACUACAACAACAUCAAAACCAAACUGUUAUCCUGGUUCCAAGGACCCUCGUUGUCCACAAAUAACCACCACAACAACAUCAAAACCAAACUGUUAUCCUGGUUCCAAAGACCCUCGUUGUCCACAAAUAACCACCACAACAACAUCAAAACCAAACUGUUAUCCUGGUUCCAAUGAUCCACGUUGUCCACAAAUAACCACCACAACAACUUCAAAACCAAAUUGUUAUCCUGGUUCCAAGGACCCUCGUUGUCCACAAAUAACUACCACAACAACGACAACAUCAAAACCAAACUGUUAUCCUGGUUCCAAUGAUCCACGUUGUCCACAAAUAACCACCACAACAACAUCAAAACCAAACUGUUAUCCUGGUUCCAAGGACCCUCGUUGUCCACAAAUAACCACCACAACAACAUCAAGACCAAACUGUUAUCCUGGUUCCAAUGAUCCACGUUGUCCACAAAUAACCACCACAACAACUUCAAAACCGAAUUGUUAUCCUGGUUCCAAGGACCCUCGUUGUCCACAAAUAACUACCACAACAACAUCAAAACCAAAUUGUUAUCCUGGUUCCCAGGACCCUCGUUGUCCACAAAUAACUACCACAACAACGACAACAUCAAAACCAAACUGUUAUCCUGGUUCCAAUGAUCCACGUUGUCCACAAAUAACCACCACAACAACAUCAAAACCAAACUGUUAUCCUGGUUCCAAGGACCCUCGUUGUCCACAAAUAACCACCACAACAACAUCAAGACCAAACUGUUAUCCUGGUUCCAAUGAUCCACGUUGUCCACAAAUAACAACCACAACAACAUCAAAACCAAACUGUUAUCCUGGUUCCAAGGACCCACGUUGUCCACAAAUAACCACCACAACAUCAAAACCAAACUGUUAUCCUGGUUCAAAGGACCCUCGUUGUCCACAAAUAACCACAACAACAACACCAAGACCAAACUGUUAUCCUGGUUCCAAUGACCCACGUUGUCCACAAAUAGUAUCAACUACUUCAGGUCCAACAUAUUUGCCGCCACUUACACAAUCUCCGCCAAAAUGUUUCCCAGGUUCAACUGAUGUGAGAUGUCCAAGACCUUUUGAGCCAUCGUCACCAACUACAAGAAAACCAACUACGCCAUAUGUACAGCCUCCAACUCCAGCUCCACCAAAAUGUGGUCCAGGCUCUGAAUUCGAUCCGAGAUGCCCUCGUCCGUUUGUUCCGUCAAAGUCAACAACGACUUUAAAACCAACUUCGUUUAGUCUAUGCUAUCCAGGUUCGACAGACCCUAACUGUCCAACCGACAAUAUAUCGACACCAUCAUUCUGUUUCCCCGGUUCGAAAGACAAGCGUUGUCCACCGCCACCCGAUGGACUUGUUACAUUGUCUCCAACAACAUAUUUACCUCCUUUCGGUGACAGUCAACCGUCCCGACAAGCUAGAAACUCUAUUACAAAUGAAAUCAAUCAAUUAGAAGAACUAGAUUAUCAUAGCAUAAGAAAACGCGAUGUCUCCGAUGUCUCAAAGGAAGUGAUAUCAUUCUCAUUGUCAUUUAAAGGAUAUCAAUUGGAAAGUACGGAUUAAGUUUUACUGUUUUCAUGUGUAUGAUUGAAAUGACUGUUGACACAAAAUUUAUUUGAGAAUUUACAAGGUUGAGUUAUUCCUCUUUUUUAAGUGUUUAUAAGUGUAAGAGUAUUUUGUUUAGAAAUACGAUAUGUACAUUUUGCUGAUGUGGUCGUUCCGUUGUUUUUUAUGUACUAGAAAUUUAAUGCUCGAGUGUACAUAACUGGAAAUAAAUUGUUAAUUAAAUACAAA